AUAUGAUUGACGGUUAGGCAAUUUUAAGCGAAUAGAAAUGUACAGCAGAAAAUGGUUUUUGGUUUAACUUUAGCAAGACUGAAGCGUAGUGUAUUUAAAUCGCAAGGGAAGUAAAAUUCGAUUUGGUAAAUAAUUGUACUCUGUGCUAAAGAUAUCUUAAAAAUACUAGUAAACAAUAUCAAAGUUACUUUUAAUAAUAAAAAGGAAAGGAAUCUUUCUAAUUUUUGACUGGAUAUAAACACUUGAUACAUAAUUUUGUACUUUACAAAAUGAAUACAAAAGAAAGAAUUGAUUCUUCUGAUUCUGACCUUUUGUUACUUUAUGCGCAUUUAGAAAGGAUUGCUCGUAAGAAAUAUUUAAGUGAUGAUUAUCUUAAAGGUAUUGAAUCUCAUUUUGAUGAGUAUUUCAGAAGUAUUGAACAGAAUCCUACUGGAAUGGAGUCAGUCCCUAAAUUGACUCUUCUCAACAGUGAUAAAUGGGCUAAAGAAGCGAAAAUCACUCCACAAAUAGCAAAGGUUGCUGGUGUCGAUAUAUCGGAAAAUAUUCCUAUAAAUGGGGAUUCUGUGUUACUACGUGCGAUGUCAAUAAAAACCAAAAAUAAUUCGAGAAAGAAAACGCUUGAUAAAAUAAUCAACAUCAUAAUAAAGUACUGUCCGUUUCAAAUUAAGAAAAGUCAUGAUAAUAUCAAAGGAGCAAGUCCAGUCAAUCUUGCUAUUGCACUGGAAGACAUAGAAAUUCUUAAGACAAUGUCAAUGAAAAUAAAGAAAAUAAAGGCAAUGUCCAAAACAGAAAAGAUAGAUAUCGAGUGUGCCGAGGGAGAGAUAUUUCAAGACACCGUGAUGAUGGCGGGAACACCUCUAGGUAUUGCUUCUCUGAUAUGCAACAAAAGGAUAUUCAAUAUCAUUCUGAAAAAAUUUGAGCAGAAAUUACAUCUUGUCAAUGAGAAGGGCGAUACCCUUAUUCAUUCUAUGAUAAAAUAUGCUCAUGUUCAACCAAAUAAGUUAGAAGCAAUACUUGAGAUGCUCAGAUAUAUCAUAGAUUGUAAAUUCGAAAAAGAAAAAUCUAAGAAAAAUAAGAUGAGCUAUUCAGCAGUACGCCAAGAAGACUAUAGAAACCAGAUUAAAAUUAUGUUGAUGACGAAGAACAAAGAGGAGCUUACACCAUUGCAACUGGCAGCCAAGAGGCAACAGUUUGAAAUAUUUGAAGUAGUUUUGCAACAUGAGAUCUACAUUCCUAAGCAUACAAACGACAGUCUCUUCCAUUAUCAAAAAUACGACAUCACUGAAAUAGAAACGCUUGCACUGAACGACGGAGUCAAAGGAACACAUCUCGAGAACAUAAAGACCGAGCAUCAUGAAUCCGUCUUAGAAUAUGUUCUUCAUCAUAGAACGGACAAGGCUUCCCGAUUCACAAACAUAACGCCAGUGAAAGAUGUGAUCAAAGAAAAAUGGAAGUAUUAUAGUUGGCCCUUUAGGAUCUGGUUCUUAAUGUAUUUUAUUUUUAUGGGCAUUCUAUCUUAUGCCGCUGUUAGGAGGUCACAAAUCCGGAAAUCUUUGGGAAGUAAUGGCGAAAUUCAGUAUUCAUAUCAAUAUCGUGUGACACAGGACGUUUAUGUUACAACUGUUUCAUUUCUUGGUGCGUUUUUUGCCCUAAUAUUUAUUUCAAUUGAGUCCCGCAUCCACUAUAUCAAAAGGUUCCGUACAAAAACAUCGGCAUAA